CUUUCUUUUCAGUGUGUGUGUGUGUAUCAUUUUAUGUGUCGACGACGUCGGGAGUGCUGGUGAAGGAAACCGGAAAGUCGUUGUCUUCACGCUGGGAGAGCCAAGUGGGACGCUUUCUGGAAAGCAACCGAGACUGCGCGUAUGCAGCCAAGCAGGGAACACAAGAGUCAUUUUCUUCGUCUUGGAAGAAGAACGUGGACAGAAAUCAUUCGAUUUUACUGUGGACCUUUGCGGUUGCUGACUCUAUUUACUGACCGUGAUGAAGUCAAAGAAGAUACGACCAUAAAACUGACACUCAACAAUGGAGGCGGAAUUACGGUAGCUUAAGGCCGUGACUGCGAUACUUUACUAUUCGGAAGCGGGCCAAAAGAGAAACAUGAAGUUGAGUUCGACGAAAUUAUCGGCCUCCCACGCGAUAUCAAAUCAGCCAAAUCGCCGAUCGACUCACGAACUUGUUUCACGCCAACGUGCUUCAUUUCCGUCUGCAGUCAUCGAAAGAAAUGAGGAUCCCGCGUUCGCUCGGCUACGUGCUCAAAAUCGCACUCGUCAUGUGUUUCUACACGUUUGCCCUGUGGGUAUUGUUCAGGGUAUUGGCGAGUGUCACGAAACCGAAAAAGAACCGUGUUUUGGUGGAUGGCGAGGAAGAUUAUCUUUUCGAUGAGUCUGAUGCUGAGGAUGAGACGCUUUUGGAGCACGUGGCCGGAAAUUACGUGGAUUUACUGAGGAUUUCGAAAAUCCUCGAUCGGAGGAAUUCCACUGAAGAUUAUUCCCUGCGCAUGCCGAGUGAUGUGGAUCUUUCUGAACACAAGCAAAGUUCAGCUCUUCUCCAGUUGCUGAAUGCGAAGGUGAUCCCGCGUUCGCUCGGCUACGUGCUCAAAAUCGCACUCGUCAUGUGUUUCUACACGUUUGCCCUGUGGGUAUUGUUCAGGGUAUUGGCGAGUGUCACGAAACCGAAAAAGAACCGUGUUUUGGUGGAUGGCGAGGAAGAUUAUCUUUUCGAUGAGUCUGAUGCUGAGGAUGAGACGCUUUUGGAGCACGUGGCCGGAAAUUACGUGGAUUUACUGAGGAUUUCGAAAAUCCUCGAUCGGAGGAAUUCCACUGAAGAUUAUUCCCUGCGCAUGCCGAGUGAUGUGGAUCUUUCUGAACACAAGCAAAGUUCAGCUCUUCUCCAGUUGCUGAAUGCGAAGAUGAACAUGACGAUCGUACGAAGUGGAAUCUUCAGAAUAGAAAGCAUGAGUUCUUUGCAUGGUUACAACAUCGGUGACUUUGAUCCCGAAAAACACGAUCAAGAAACUGUGGAAUGCUAUCCAAUUUUUGACGUGCUAUCUGCUGCGAAACUCACGCAGCUCGACGUGCUCAUGCUGGAUGUCCAAGGAGCAGAAGAGGACAUUUUGCGAACGAUCCCUUGGCGUUUGGUCGACAUCAGGGUAAUAUUAGUGGAGAUUUCAAAGUUUGGAAAAAGUCAUCUGCCAAGAAAGUUAUUCCAUCAAGAGCAACGCUUGAAAGCCUUCCUGGGAAAACAAGGAUACGACGUGAAAGCGGUCCUCGGACGGGAUUUCAUUUUUGUUCGCGAAUGA